AUGGACUCCGCUGUGGAGGUGCUGUCAGAGGCCGCCGGCACUGCAGCGGACGAAGCGGAGGCCAAAGCAACGAAAGCGCUGGCAAAGGCCCAGGCCAAGCUCGAUGAACUGGUUGCCCGAGCGGACGGCAUCGCCAAGCCUCAGGUGAGGGCGUUGCAGAAAGUCCUGGCCAGCAAGAAACUUCGAGAGCUGAAAAGUUCAGGCUCCAGUGAGCUGCAGACCAUCAGCAAAAUUGCAGAAGUCGUCUCUCGCACGAAGUCGGCAAAGCGGGUCUCGGAGACGUUGCAGGGAGUGCAGAAAGAGCUGCAGUCUAUCCAGGACACGGGCAUCGCCCCACUGCUCCGAAAGCUGGCCGACUCGCAGCUAUCGGCACGGACGGGCUACUCCUCCGGACAGCUCCUUCGCAUCUUCCGCGUCACGGCCAUCCAGAUGGCCCGGGAUGCAAGGGAAUUGAACAAGUUGCAGGCGUACUUGGCGAAGUUGCAGGAAACCGUCAACGAAAAUAAUUGGGAUGAUGUCUCUGCAAACUUCGCCUGCUUCUACGCACUGAAUGCCCACUUGCAGGGCGAACGUUCGCAGCAGAUCUUUCAAUUGAUUUGGCAAGAUGAAGCCUUCAGGAGGGGCUGCGAGCUUGCUGACCUUUUCGUCGGUGUGGCGCCUUUGAACCAUCCUCCUCAUCUUGUCGUUCAUACCGUCAAGAAGGCUGUGAACUACAUCAAGGAUCAUGCGGAGACGUGGGAGAAGGCCAUCGCCAAAGAGCUAGCAGCGAUUGAGCUCACCCGUACCCGGCAGUCGCAAUUCUUCUCCCUCUUGGUGUCUGCGAUUUCCGGGCUUUUCAUGUACAUAGCUACCUUUCUGUCCAGUGUCACCUUUCAGGCUUUCCAGGAGGGUAGAUUGAGGAUACCCUACCUUUCAGAUUAA